GUAAGACAGAAGCUGAAGUGUGUGUGUGUGUGUGUGUGUGUGUGUGUGUGUGAGAGAGAGAGAGAGAGAGAGAGAGAAGAGAGCGAGGAGGAGGAGAAGAAGGAGGAACAUUCAGCUUUAGAGGAGAGAGAGACCCUGUCACACCUGGGAGGCUGCUGAAGGUGAACUGCAGCCAUGGAUCUGGACGUGAUGAACAUGUUCGUCAUCGCCGGAGGAACUCUUGCAAUCCCCAUUUUAGCUUUCGUGGCUUCUUUCUUGCUUUGGCCUGCAGCACUGAUCAAGAUUUAUUACUGGUAUUGGAGGAGGAGACUGGGGCUGCAGGUGGAUUAUGCAGAGCAUGAUGGAUAUCGCUUCUGUUACACACACCGGGGGAAGCCCGGGAGUCGACCAUCAAUACUCAUGCUUCAUGGCUUUUCUGCUCAUAAAGACAUGUGGCUGGGUGUGGUGAAGUUCUUUCCAACCAACGUGCAUCUGGUGUGUGUGGACAUGCCUGGCCAUGAGGGCACUACACGCACUAGUGCGGUGGACUACUCCAUUGACGGCCAGGUCAGAAGGGUGCAUCAGUUUGUACAAAGUAUUAAGCUGAAUAAGAAGCCUUUUCACCUGGUGGGAACAUCCAUGGGUGGUUGUGUAGCAGGGGUCUAUGCUGCUCGCUAUCCGUCCGAUCUCUCCAGUCUCACACUGAUCUGCCCUGCAGGUCUGAAAUACCCCAAGGAGAGUGAAUUUGUGACACAUCUGAGAGGCAUGGAGAACAGCACGGACGUCCAAAACAUCCCUCUCAUCCCAUCAACUCCAGAGGAGAUGGAGGACAUGCUGAAGCUGUGCUCUUUCGUGCGCUUUAAGAUCCCUCAUCAGAUCCUUCAGGGACUGGUCAAAGUCCGUAUUCCGCACAACAACUUCUACCGCGAGGUAUUUAUGGAGUUAGUUGGAGAAAAAUCCAGACACUGCUUGCAUGACAACAUGCACCUCAUUUCAACACCACUUCAGGUCAUUUGGGGGAAGCAGGAUCAGGUCCUGGAUGUAUCCGGUGCGUCUGUGUUGGCUGAUACUUUGCCCGGAUGCCAAGUCGAUCUGCUAGACAACUGUGGUCAUUCUGUGGUGAUGGAGCGUCCUCGGAAAGCUGCUCAUCUCAUCAUGGACUUCAUCACGCGUCAGCAGAAUUCGGGGAGCGCUAGCAGCAAAAAGCUCUCUUGAAACGACAAAACUUGAAACUAAACCUAACUAAGAUUAUAUAAUUUGUACGAAAUUUGUAAUUUAUCCUAAAUGUAUUUUUCUAGCGAGCCCUCAGGGACAGACCAGCAGGGUUAAAUUCACUCUUGUAGUAUUUAAGCUGUAGAAGAGUUCGAAUUAGAAUCAUUGCUGAUUUUACUGUGAUGUGGGUGGAAAAAUAACAGGCAAUAACAUUUUAAUCACAGUUUCAGGCCCGGAAAAAUCGAUACUGUUAAUACUUUGUUUUUGUUUUGUUUUUUUUGGAAGAAAUGUCCUUCGUUCUCUUAACAGUGAAACAACUGCAUGUACUCGUGUCUACCUUGUGCUGCAAAGAACUUUCUCAAAGCCUUCAUCGGAUGAAUCGGCAUCAAGUUUUCAUUCGUACGGUAUUUAUUCUGUUAAAGUACACGUUUCUGGUCUAACACAAGUGCUGAAAUGUCACGGUGUGUUGUUCAAAUGCAUUGCACUCCUACACAACAUUCUUCUGAAUACUAAGUAAAAAGCACUGAAGCCAUAACCCUGAAUCUAGACACAUUUCUAAUCCAAAAAAAAAAAAAAAACCACCCCUCACUUAUACUGAAUAUCUAGAUUCAGUAACAAUUCAAACGCCCACCAAUGUAUAAAUGGACCAUAAAUGCGGUGAAAAUUGUACAUGGUGUAUUUUACACAUACCAUUUAAUUCAGAGAUAAAGCUAUCUAGUAGUGGAGUCGUGUAAGGAAUUAAACACUUAGGGGUAUGCUGAUGUCGUAAAAUAAUCAACGACUUGAGUGGACCUGAUUACCUACCUAAAGCAGCACUAUAACCCACACAGCAGACGGGUCUGGGUCAGAUCUGGCAUUAAGCCGGCACUGCCGGCUGAGUUCUGGCAUGGCAAGUGGUAUGUCAACCAGAUUCGGACCAGGUCUGGCAGUGAUGGCACUGUUUAUAUGAUGGCAUGCCAGAUGUGGCCCAGUUAGGUUUGGUUUAUGUGGUGUGGCCCUAUUGCUGGCCCACCUCUGGCAAACCAGACAUGGGCCACCAAAGGACCAAAGAAUGAUGGACCACCAUCAUUCUUUGUGGUAUGACGGCCGAGUGUAAGUGCAUUGUGUGGGCCAGAUCUUGGCCAGACCUAUUUUGCUAUCUGGGACUUAUACCACAGCAGUUAUUACAUUACCUUUCCAUUCAUUAAAGACGUACACAUCCGUACUGGAUGCUAAGUGGGAUGGAUAAACUGGGGAACUGGGGACACUGGAGCUGUGAGACGGUGCUACGGAAGUGCAUGCAGGAAUUUCCAGGGGUUUGUGCGGAUACAUCCUUUGGACAUGGCUUCAAAGUGACAAAAUGAAGUUUCCUGUCCAUGUCUCUCCAGGGAAGACUGUGGAUGUGAUCGUCACAAUUAGCCGGGUUGAAGUAGGCCCAGUCCAGAUUACCUGCUAUAAUAACUGGUGCUGCAGUUUAAAACCAGUGAAACCUUUAAAGGGCUCAAUUAUUACACUGGUGGAAAAGUGACUGUGAAGAAAUCAGCUAAAAAGAAUUGACUGUAAAUUGACUGGAAUUUCGAGUGUCUGGCAACAUCACAUGCUUUCAGCGGCUGAUUGUGAAAGUGCAUCCUGAAUCCAGCUCACUAUCAUCACCUCGCCUUACCAUGCCACUAUACACAGGCUUAAGCUUAACUCACAGAGGGUUAAGUAAGUAGGUUAACAACAAACAACCGACGUAAAAGUAGCUCUAAAGUAAUCUGCAAGAAAGCUUGCUGAUGAUCCAGGGACUGAGAUUGAUUCGCUAAAAACAUUUUAGAACCGUUUUUAAAUCUAAUAAAUCUGUGAAUUCAAUCUGCUUCUGUUUUUAUCUUCCUCUCUGAAGAUCUUAUCUUGGCUCAAAUGAUUAGAUUAGAUUGAUUUGUUAAUCAUAGUUAUAGUUUUUGUUAAUUUAUUCUAUUAACGUACAAGUGAUGUAGAGCGACAGUUUAUGAAAAAUGUAGGAAACAUAUUAAAUAAAAAGUUCCUUUUGUUAAUAAAUUUGAUAAAAUUGUGUAAGAAUACAUUGUACGUUACACAUUAGGAAGGUGGUGGCUCAGGGGUGAAGGCACUGAGUCAGUGAUCAGAAGGUCGGGGUUCCAGCCUCCAAACCACCUUGAGCAAGGCCCUUAACCCCACCUCCUCCAGGGGCGCCGUACCAUGGCUUGACCCCAGCUUAAUAAUAAGAUGGCAUAUGCGAAACCCCAGGGGGGCCAAGUGGUGACUCAAGUGGUUAAAGCUCUGGUUUGUUGAUCGGAGGAUUGGUGUUCAAGCCCACCAGCACCACCAAGCUUCACUGUUGGGCAACUGAGCAAGGCCCUUAAUCCUCUCUGCUCCAGGGGUAAUGUAUCACAUUCACGGUUUCUCUUCACGUUUCUUAUGUUUAAUUAAUGAAGUAAAUUAUGUUAUUUAAGCACACCUUUAAUGCAGAGCCUCCUGGUGGUCCAAGUGCAGGAUACCGUGCUCUCAUUGGCGCAGCCUCGGAUUCAUUCCCCGGGCAGGGAGCUAACCCAGUAAAGAGUAAACCCUCAGUGCCGGUCCCGAGCUCGGAUAAAAUGGUAGGGUUGCAUCAGGAAGGGCAUCCGGGUUAAAACCUGUGCCAAACCAAAUAAUUUGUGGACCAAAUGAUCCGCUGUGGCAACACCAGACAGGGAGCAGGUGAAAGAACAACAAGUACAAGAAGUGGACCUUUAACGCAUACAAUAACAUGGACAUUUUUUCCCCACAGCUUGUUCUGUGUGUUUCAUUUAAAGUACUCAAAGAUGCCCUGUCUAAUAUCUUUCUGGAGGUUGAAAUGGGUGUGAAAUACACUCCCUGAUUCUACUGGAAUUGAGGAAUCUGGAUGCAGGUUUGGGAAAACUCAAAACAAAGGCUCUUUAUUGUCUAGGGUAGUAUUUUAUUUCCAGUCUUGAUCCAUGUGUUGGCAUUUUUCAAGCAGUGGAGCCGCUGGAGCAAGGCGUGAUCUGAACUGAAGGUGAAGGCUUGUCCCAACAGAGGGUAUGAUGGCUGGACACUCCUUUUCUAUCGUUCUGUAAGUUCCCUCUUGCACCUGGAGGCUGCAGCUGAUGAACAGUACGAGUUCUUAUACAGUACAGUUCCUCCCCACCAUCACCUGGGACUGCAUUCUUCAUAGGUAUUUCUUUCUUUCU